GGUCGUUCUGCAUGAAACGUUCUCUGCAGCGCUUACCUUUGAGUGAACGCGCACCAUUUCGGCAUAGAAGACUGGUGACACAAGACAGAUACAUAUUCAUCUAUUUUUUUGUCGUUCUUUUGUCGCGGCAGUGGAUCUGGCGCUGAACUCAGCGGCAGCUUGAAGUCGGCAUGUUCGGGUUCUCUCCGUUUCGGGGGAAGCAAACGGCACCGCCACCUCCCCCGCCCAGGGCAUCGCCGCAGCCGACGACCUCGGCGCCGCACGUCGCAGCACCGCCAUCACCCGUGUACGUGCGUGCCGCUGCUCUCACCUACGUGACGGCGCCGUACCCGAGCGACAGUACCGAGGGCAUCUUCGAGGCCCUGCUGCUUCUGGCAGCCGGCAAGGUCAACGCGAACGGCUCCAGUACGGAGAGCCGGGCCGACGCCGGCGGAUGGCUCGCUCGUGCGUGGCGGCACGUGACUGACUACAGCGCAGCCCAUCUUCUCAAAGCGCGGCAAGAAGACUUCCUUGCCGCCUUUUCGCGUCAACUGGAGCUGAACCCGGCCGAGGAGAGCAACGUCGUGAUGGUCAGCUGCCACUGCUUCAUCGUCAGCAACGGAGAACUCGUUUUCGGGACGCUGUAUGCGACAAACUGUGGUCUUUACUUCUGCGCCGCGGCGGUGCCAGCAGCCGCCAACGCCGGUGCAGAACGCGCUGAAACAGGCCUGGCAUCGAGCGACGCCGAGCCGGCUGCGGAGGGGAUGGAGUUCAUUAAAGAGCGCGUUCUUUUCACUGACAUGGCGUCCUUUUUGCCAUCGAUUUUCCUGGAGCAGAAGGACCGCGCGCCACCCUUCGUGCAGGGCGUCCCCAGCGCCGUGGUCGCGCCAACAGCGCUGCAGGUGUUCACGGUUCGACGGAGCACGGUAAUACAGUUUGUCGGCCUACACGAGGUGGUGGUGAAGCCGCCGCGGAAGGCCGCCGCGGAGAGAGAAAGGGCCGGGGUGGACGCAGCGCAGGACGCACCAUGCACGGACGUCGUGCGGAAAACCGAGCACCUUCUCAUUACCGAGCUGCCCCCAAGCCUAGACACGCUCAAGGUCUGCGCCUUGCUGUGGCGGCUGUGGGCGGAGCGGCUGAACGAGCUUGGCUUGCCGCUGGAACACCCCGCGGCUCGGUACGCCGAACCCCACUGA